AUGGAAUCGGAUUUAGAUGAAUGCGUUUUAUUAACUGCUCUUAAAUUAGAAAACUUCUAUAUUGAUGACGACGCAAAUGAAGAAUUAGAAAACGAAAUUCAAAAGCGAUCAAAAGCUCAGAAGAAGGCUUUACGUAAAAGAAGAGAAAGUGCAGCAAUAUUCAACCGACUCAGCGAAGAUACCUCGGUCAAUUUUUUGAAUGAUAAUAUUGACUUUUCGCGAACCUUUUUCGAUGAUGGCUUUGAUGAUAAUCUAACAAAUACUUCAACGGAGGCUGUGAAGAAUAAUACGGACAUCGAUAAAACCGUCUAUAUUGACCAAGAAUUGUAUGAAGCCCUUCGGUUGCCUCGAAAUGCUGCUGAUGAAAACAUAUUGUCGAAAAACAAACCAAACUCAUAUGGGGCUUGUAACGAUGAUAAGCCAGUGAACACAUCUAAUUCCAAUGAAUAUCGGCCACUAUAUGAAGUCACGAACAGAGUCAAUUAUGACAAAAGCAACGUAUUAAGUAACCGAUCAAUUCAAGAUGAAACAUCAUGUGUAAAUGCAGUAACCGAGCAAUUACAUAUCAAAGAGAACGCAAUGAAUUCUCUUGCUCAUUUCAAGGAAAUCGCUUCCAAAUUUAACGUACCUUCACAAUUGGAAAUGAAUACGUCGUGCUCUACCCCAAAGGCUGAUGCAAAAAACUUAUCAAUACAUUCGUCGUAUGAUGCUAUACGAUCAGUUAAUCAUAACCUAUACUCCCCUAUUGGAGUGCAUAGGGAUUAUCCUUUGAAAGACCACGGAGGUACACCAAAUUUGUUCGUUUCCAAUUAUCAAUCAAAUUCGUCAUUGACUUCAAAGGCGGAACAUAAGAAAACGCGUACAUCAAAUUUAAGACCACCAACUUUCUUUUCGCGCUUAAAACCACCCGUUCAAAGACGCUUAACUCCUAUGGAAACGGCUUUCUACGCGACGAAUAAUUACUCUGAAGAUAAUAAGCAUUUAUCUAACUUAUCUAAUUCAAAACUUUUACGCACUCCUUCUGUUAGACCAAAAAAAUGA